AUGAAAAAUAUGAAUGAUAAUAAUAUAAAUCAUUUAUUAGUAAAUACACCUCUUCAUAUUUUAAACAAUAUAAUAAAAUUAUUAGAUGAUAAUCUAGACAGAAUAUGUUUUAGUAUCGUUUGUAAGAGAUGGUAUCAAGAAAAAGAGCAUUAUUUAGUAUUUUUACAUGAUAACAGUUUUAUAGAUAAAUUAUGUUUAAAUGUAGAUAAUAACUAUUUAAAUUGUUUUAAAUCUUUUCAAAAUAUUAUCGAAUAUACUGUAAAUAAACAUUUAAAUAAUGAAAAUCUUAGAUUAAACGACAAUGAGAAUAGAGUAUAUAAUGAUACCAAUGUAAAAUUAGAUGUCUAUGAUGGUAGAGAUAGAAACACUGUUUUCAAUCAUGAUAUAGAUUAUGAAUAUAUUAAAAUAAAUAUAUGCGAUUGGUUCAUCACAGAGGGUUACUUUCCUCCAAAAGUUAGAGAAUUACAUAUCGGAUCGGUGGAGAUGGAUAGUCUUAAUUUUGGAUAUGGAGUUAUACCAAAAACCGUUAAAAUAUUGCGAUUUACUGAACAGCCUGACCAUCAUUCUUACAUUCCACCAUCAGUAGAACUCUUACAAAUUGACCACAGACCACCAUGGUACAAAGAAAUCAGCUUUCUAUACAAAUUUAAAUUUCCAAAAUCACUUCGAGAAUUAUUUAUAAAUUCAAAAGAUUUAACCAAUGACCAUCCAAUCAAUUCAUUACCAGAACACAUUGUAACAAUAAGAGUAAAGUUUGAUGAAGGUCCCCAUUAUAUUAAUUAUAGAAGAUUGGAUUCAAAGAAUUAUAUUGUUUAUUCGAAUGGAAUUAAUGAUCCAUAUUUUAAUGCAGGUUUCUUACAAAUUAAUAAUAACAAUAAUGAUAAAUCUAUCUCUUCAUUUUUCAAAAAAUUAUUUUCUAUAAAAUAA